AUAAAAUUAAAUCAAAAUGCCGGAGCUAGUCGAGCAGAUGUACUGCUCUCAGCAGAUUGUGAUUCCCCCAAAAUUCCCUUACAUAUUGAAGAGAUUUUGUAAAGCGGCAAUCAAGACUCAGCCAUACGAUCUUCUCCGCUGGUCAUUCGAAUAUUUCAAGGCGCUGGCAGAAAAUCGUCCACCACCAGUCAAGUUGAGGCUCGAAUAUCCCGUUUACAGUACCGAGGGCGGGCUCACUCGUGGAUGUCUCAAGGUCAUCGCUCAUCAGUUGCUAAACAUCGGAAAGAACCUCCCACUCUACCUCAUCAGAAAAGCCUGGCGAGGCUUCUGCCUGGACCCCAACGAGUUGAGAAGGAUCUUCUGCCUCUGUGAGGUUUACACGAGGCAGGAUUACGUUCCCUUGUUGCAAUUUAUUGCCGUGGCUGGCGGGCUGCUGACUAAGAACCUGACUUACACCAUGAUCCUCCUCUGCGAAGUCCUGACCAAGGAACCAGACGGUGGUUCAGCUGCCAUACCUGCUGAUGACUUCCUGGUUAUGUACCUGUUCCUGGCCAGGAUGGAUGCUUCCAAGGAUAUCAGAUACGUCAACGGGUAUAGGGAAGGUGAGACUCCUAGACUAGAAGAGGAGGAGAUAGAAGAAGAAGAGACACUUAGUGAAGCCACUGUUGAUGCAAAGAUGAAGCAACUUAGUUCGUCCAAAGUGCAAGAGAAAGCGGAAGACGAUAAAGUGAAAGAAGAAUAUGCCGAAGAAAAAGAGGAAUUCAAACCGAUCAGAGUUUGGAAUGAGGACGACAAUGAAAUCCCUUUUGAAUUUUACGGUGAACCUAAAAUCGAAGAAGUUAAUUUAGAAGAACAAGAGAAGGAACCAGGCGGUGAGGAGGAGACGAAACAAGAGGCUGAGCAUGAGGAAGAUAUACAAGAUAUGAUAGAUGAACUGUUCGAGGCGCGUGCGCAAAGACUGGCAGACCUGGAACAGACCUUCGAAGAUAUAGCUCAGAUCGUGGAUAAGUUCAAAUUGGCCAAUUAUGAUCUUGGAAUGGUGGCCGGUCGUCAGAUGUCCAUCACCAGCGGAGAGUUCAUUGUGCAGCACAUCGAGAAAGAGAUCAUGGACUACAUUGAUGAGCAGAUUGCUGUUCUUCCUGACCCUGAUUUGAAGAAGAAGAAGGCUAAACCGGAAGAAGUGGAGAUGGUCAGAAACCUCCUCUACAACUUCUUGGAUGAGAACAUGGACAUCAUCGUGCCAGAAAUCGAGGAGGUUGAGGAGGAGGAGCUGCCUAUUCCCGAGAUCGUGGUGGUAUACGCGGUACCAGGCAUCGGUCCGCCUGUGUCCGAAGAAAUGAUAUGCGAUAUUGAAGAGUACAUAGCUGACGUCAGCAAGAACCAAGCUGAUUUGGUCAUGCCGAGGAACUUUAGGCAUUUCCUGAGUCCGCCUUUGGAGAGAUUUGAAGAAUACCAAUACGAAGAUCACAAGAAAGAGGAACUCGCCUGUUCUGGUGUAUUUACCAAUUAAAUGAAAUGUGCC